GAGCCCGCGCGGCUCUUACCAAUCAACUUUCACCAGUCUUAAUACUUGUCCUCUCACAUCAUUUCCAUCACUUCCUAGUCUUUCACCAGUCCCAUCGCAUAUUUUGGAUUCGUCGAGAAUCACCAACGAUAACAUUGUGAGGCGGUUCAAUCCAAGAGGACUUGAGACAUAAUUACUGCUGCGGUCACGUCCGAUUCACCAUUUGGACAUGGACACCGCUGGGCGCCAUACUGGAAAUCGCACUGGUGGCGUUGGUACGUCCGGUAACCACGCACCUGUUGAAGAGGGCCUCAGUGACACGGGCAGCAUUGCGACCGUCGGCCUUUCGGACUCGGUCGACGAUUUCCUCGAGAACCUCGAUGAAGGCACUGAGCCGUCGCUCGAGCCUGCUCUGUCUAGCGAUGCAUCUUCUGCAAACGCGCCAUCGCUGAGCAGCAUAUCGGCCAACCGGUUUUCCCAAAUGACUUUUUCUGAUACUUCAUCCACUGUCGCACCAACCAUUCCUUCUCUCUCGAGUAAAGUCACGAAUGUGGCAAGUCUCGCGUCGGCGGGUGCAUUUUACUCUAAACACUUGGACUCUCAGCCAUACAGGAUUUAUAGCGUUCGAACAUUCUGCGAAAGUUUGCUUAAGAGUGCUCGUGUGGAUGAUGCUAGGAUUAUGUCGGUUGAGCGUUAUGGUGAUCUCCAUGGCGUGCCACACCGAUUUCUCAUCCUUCACGUUGUUCGGACAGACGGAAGGGACUUCUACCUUCGCUUAGACCGUCGACGAGAUCACAGCGUCCCAUUACGGAUAUUCGCAGUGCGAGAUCUGGGGACGUCAGCUGCCGUGGACACUGUGAGGGGUGAAACCUGCAUGGCCUGUAUUACAACUGAAGCACAGUGCCUGAUAGGCUGCCAUUUCUGGCCGACAUGAACACCUCCUAGAUUACACGAACAAGAAAUCUGGUGUAGAGGCUGUCAUGAUUUUUCCGACUUUAGCACCCUUAACUGCAGUUGCACAAAUUCUGUACGCUAUCGCGACAGAGUCACCCGAAUACAAGUUAACAAAGGACAACUGCUGGUUCUUUGCGUCCACUAUUCAGGAAAUGUUGAUACUGAGGUU